CCAUGGCCCCCUCUCUCUCCUCCCCCACAAAGCCUCUUCUUCAUUAUCUAUGCAUCUCUCUCUCUCUCUGCACGUUUUCUGUUCUUGUUUGCAGUGUCACUGUCCGUGUCUUCAGCCAAGAGCAAAGACUCUGUGUCUCUCUUACACCAUUGUGUGUGUCUUUGUGUUUCUGUUUUCUCUCUCUUUCUCUCUUCACUCUGCUGCACCCAUCAAAGGAUGGAACUUUCCUCAACCUGUUCCAAAAACUUCACACUUUUGGAACCAUGCAUUAAUGGGGUUGUAACCAAAAACCUUAUCUAAUCCAAUUCUUCUCCGCAAUUCUUUAUAAUAAUAUUAUUAACAACAAUAAUACUCCCCCUUUCAACUUUUCUAUUCUUCUUUUAGUCUUUAAGUACAAGAGGGUACUUAAACCCCAAAAGCUUCAAACUUUGGGAUUUCCCAUUCUCAGUUUCAACUUCUCAAGAACAAAGAACCAACCUUUGCUUCUGUUCUGUUUCUGUUUUCAAUGUCAAGUAUUCAAAUGUCUCAUGUGGAUUUGGAACAAGGAAGAAUCCUCCACCACCACCACCACCACCAUAGCUCAGUGACUGGGAGUGACAUUAGUCUAUGCUUCUCUGAUGCUGAUGAUGGAGGCUCAUGCUACUCCCAUUUCUACUCCACAAAUGGUGGUGGAUCCUACGAUGAAGAUUGCUGCUCCUAUGGUGGAGCCUCAAAUGUUGCAGAUGGUGAUGAUGAUGAUUGUUCAGUUGAGAUUGAAAUUGAAAGUGGGGUACCUGAGAUUAAGGUGCAUUUGGCCACAAACAAUAAAGUUGAGAGUAGGGAUUGCAGGAUUUGCCACCUUGGUUUGGAAGGUGAUGAUGGGAAUAAUGAAUCUGGUGUUCCAAUUGAAUUGGGUUGUUCUUGUAAAGAUGAUCUUGCUGCUGCUCACAAGAAUUGUGCAGAGGCUUGGUUCAAGAUUAAGGGUAAUAGGACCUGUGAAAUUUGUCAUACAAUUGCACGGAAUGUGUAUUCAGCAAGUGAG